AUGGGGAAUCCACAUCAUUCUUACCACGUCUCUGCCUUUUUGCAGGCCAAAAAUCUAUUAGUGAUGUUUGGUUUCAUGCUUGGAGCAGCUAUCUUGCAAUUCAUCCUUACCCGCUUCUAUAACUUGUAUUUCCACCCUUUACGCAAAUUCCCCGGCCCAAGACUCGCAGCAGCCACUGGACUCGUUUUCUCCUACAAGGUUCUACGUGGCGAAGAGGUUGCAUGGGAAGCAGAAAUGCACAGGAAAUACGGUGAAGUUGUGCGGCUUGGACCUAAUCGAUUGAGUUAUGUGACACCUGAAGCCUGGAAAGACAUCGCUGGCCCUGGAGCGGGUAAGCGCCUUGAGAACACAAAAGACCCGGCAACAUUCGGACCAGACUUCGCUGGUACCUUGUCUUUAGGCUCUCAGCCAGAUACAAUGGUUCACAGGGCGCAUCGAAGGGUCUUUGCACCGGCAUUUAGCGACAAGGCUUUGAAGCUACAGGAGCCAUUGAUCCAAGCUUACCUCAACUCACUCGUCAGGAUCAUCAAGAACAACGCAACAGCUACCCCAGCUGUUGGAUUUGACCUUUCCAAAUUACUCAACUGUAUGACCUUUGAUGUUAUGGCGGAUCUAGCUUUUGGAGAGCCUCUUGGCCUGCUCGAACAAUCAGAGCUAUCACCUUGGGUCCAGGCAGUCCUUGGAAAUGUCAGAAGAAUUUCGGUCGGACGUCUGGCACGCGAGUACAAGGGAUUGAAACUCCUGAUUAAGAUACUCAUGACUAAAGAAGUCAUGGAGGGCGCACGUCUCCACUACAACCAUUCCUAUGAGCGGGUAGAGAAGCGGCUGAAUCGAGGCAUCGACAUCGGGAAACCCGACAUAUGGAAACUUGCCAUGGAGAAGGCCGAUCAAGUACCAGACAUGUCAAAGAAGCAGAUGGCGGCCCACGCACAGGCAUUCAUGAUGGCUGGAACAGAAACGACUGCAACAUUACUAAGUGGCUUGACAUUCCUCCUACUACAGCAUCCACAUUACAUGCAGAGACUGCAGGACGAGGUGCGUGCACUAGGCAAAGAGGACUUGAACCUCGAAAACCUAGCCCGUCUGCCUUUCCUCAACGCAUGCAUUCAAGAAGCCUUAAGGGUCUACCCGCCUGCCCCAAUUGCCUUUUUCCGCAUCACACCCAAGGGAGGGAACAUGAUUUGUGGACAAUGGAUACCAGGAGGCACCACCGUUGCUAUCCCUCACUACGCCGCCUACCAUCACCCUUCCAACUUCAAAGACCCCGAUUCCUUCAUUCCAGAGCGCUGGCUUCCAGGAUCCGGAUAUGAUAGUGAUCGCAAGAAUGCGUGCAAUCCGUUUUCAGUUGGGCCGCGCAACUGUAUUGGUCAGAACCUAGCUAAUCAUGAGAUGCGUGUCAUUCUUGCGUCUCUUACGUGGCACUUUGAUUUUGAGUUGUGUCCGGAAAGUGCGAAUUGGCUUGAUCAGAAGGUGCAUUUCUUGUGGGCUAAGGACCCUCUUCUUGUAAAGGCAAAGUAUAUCAGAUAG